AGAGGCAGGUGGACAGCUGGCAGAGGGAGGUAGAGAGACCUUCAGACAGAGCGGGGUAGAGUCAGAGAGAGAGCGGGGGGUCCUCAGUGCUGGUGGCGGGAACAGACAACGACAGACUGCGAGAAAAUCACACAUGAAAAAGGAACUAAAGAAGAGAUACUGAAGAUAAACUCACUUUUCUUCUUCUCGUUUCCUGCUCGAACAUGGCGGGCUCCUCCAACACGUCUCUGUCCCGGACCUCCACCCCGCCCACCGACUCUCUCUUUCAUUCCGAACCGCCCUACAGCGCUCCCAACCCGGCCGGCUCGCCGCGCCUCCCCGCGGCUCGCCUGGCCGGAGCUUUCCUGAGCGGCGGGAGCGGCAGAGUCCCGGUGAGCGCGAACGGGACGAGCGGCGGCGGCGGCGCUGCUGCUCCUCCGCACACCGAGUGUAAGAUGGUAGAAGUUCACGGCAUGAAGGUGGCUUCGUUCACGGUGAACGGCGUGGAGCUGAUCUGCCUGCCGCAGGUGUUCGAGCUGUUCCUGAAGCACCUGGUGGGCGGACUGCACACCGUCUACACCAAGCUGAAGCGGCUGGACAUCAGCCCCGUGGUCUGCACCGUGGAGCAGGUGCGCGUCCUGCGGGGGCUCGGCGCCAUCCAGCCCGGAGUCAACCGCUGCAAGCUCAUCACCAGGGCCGACUUCGAGACGCUGUACCGGGACUGCACCAACGCCAGCUCUCGACCAGGUCGUCCUCCGAAGCGCACCCUGGGCGUGUCCGCGAUGACUGACGGCUCCAGACUCCUCCCACACGGACUGAUAAGCCCCGCCCUGCUGUCACAAACAGGCCUGACUGCGGCAGCAAUGGCUGAGGCUCUGAAACUGCAAAAGAUGAGGAUGAUGAUGAGUUUCCAUGGCAACAGCGACCAGCAGCGACAUCACAACAGUGAGAGGACAACAUCUCCGUCAGAGAACGAUGACACAGGAGGCAGCGAAGGAUCCUGGGAGAAGGAGCAGCACCUUCUCUCUUCUGCUCCGUCCUCGGUCGGAGCGCCUCCUCCCAGUUCAGCGUCUCUCCACCUCAACACUCUGCAGCAACACAGCACGCUAUUGGCCAACCGUCUGUCAGACCUUCCUUUUAUGGUCAUGCCACACCCACUCCUCCCUGUGGGCCUGCCCCCAGCCAGCGUCGCCUUGGCGAUGAACCAGAUGAGUCAGCUGAGCAGUUUGGCAAACAUGGCCGCUGUGUCACAGGUUCAGAGAGAAGAAAGCAAGGAGUCUCCUUCAGGAAGCCCCUCCCCCUGUCCCUCCCCCAGCGAUGAUGAGCUCCGCCCCCAAGAACCAACCAGCCAAUCACCUUCCAGAACAUCUUCAUCAUCCUCUUCAUCACCUCCUCUUCCAGCACACACACCGGAUCUGGAUGGUGAGACUGCAGAGCGAGAAAACAAAAAGGUGUUGAAAGAAAAAGAUGAUGGCCUGUUGCCCCUCCCCCUCCUCAACCCGACCUAUGAGAAGCUGCCACUCACUUCUCAACCGCUGUCAGUCAACCAUGCAAACCCCGCCUUCACUCCACUCCUAUUGGCUGAGGGUCUGUCGUCCAUGGAGACGCUGCUGACCAACAUCCAGGGUCUCCUGAAGGUGGCGGUGCAGAGCGCUCGCUCGCAGGACAAACAAAACCAGAUGGAGAGGAAAGAGUUAAAACUGGAGCUGGAGAAAGAGCGAGACGCCCGACACACGCUGCAGAGACAGCUGAGCUCCGAGCUGCAGACCCGAGUGUCGAUUCAGAGGAGGCUGAAGAGGGAGAAGAAGGCGAAGAGGAAGCUGCAGGAGGCGCUGGACUUUGAGUCGAGGAGGAGGGAGCAGGUGGAGCGAGCGCUGAAGCACUCGGACGGCCUCACAGAUGCAGCGAAUCCUGAGAGCGAAGUGGAGAACAAAGAGCAGGAAAACUCUGAGAACCGACCGUUCAUCAAACCUCCGCUGCUCUUCUGAGAGCCCCAUCACUCAGCUGACGGAGGAGGAGGAGGAGG